AAUUGUCUGUGCAUCUCGGGUGUUAAUCUGCUGAUUCGUGCGUCGUAGAGGUAAUGAACAAGCGUUUGGACCAUGGUGGCUUGAAAAACUUUCAAAAAUGGGGAAAAUUAAACCACUUUUUUGAAGACAUGGAAUUGUGAGAACCGAAGAAAAAUCCAUGCGGUCUGUUGAAUUCAGGUGCAAUUGACCAACAACGAAUAUUGAGUAUUCUAAAAUGGAGAACCAGCUGAUGCAUACCAAUGAGACGGGCAUACGUGUGGAAGGUGCUUACCAGAUCGAGCCAAGUGUCUUUGAGAACAAUGACCUGAAUGACUUGCACUAUAAAAUAAAGACUGAACCUCCAGAUGAGUUUGAAACUAUUGGGCUGCAAAGGGCUAUUUGGUCUUAUGACGAGUUCAUGUCGGAACAACAUGGGUUACCAUCAGACAUGUCAGAAGCACACCAAAGUGAAACCAUGGACACGCACGUAUUUGAUCGGAUCAAAAUUGAACCACAGGACUAUGACAGGUCUCGGCACUUAGGAGAAAAUGGUGUGGUCGUCAAGUCUGAGCAAGUUUCUGAUGAAGAACAGCUCAAUUCAGGUGAUUUGGCCCAGCCUCAGGAUUUCAGAAGUUAUCCAAGAACAAUUGAAACUACCUCUGACAAUUUGCUUAUGCAAGGAAGUCCAAAAACCUCUGACAUCGAAAAAAUGGAAUGUGGUGCGGGGUUUUCGAUAGGUUCCAACCACUACCAAGUUCGUUCCGAUGAACUGUUCCUCAAUGGUGCUGUAAAAUCAGAACCACUGGAAGCCGAGGAUGAUCACAACAGUUUGACUGCGGCAAGUGCGGUCAGAUGGGACAAUGUGUCCACUCAACAUUGGAAAGUGAAGAAUGAAAGGGACACUAUUGCAGAACAUUUAGACGCUCCUGAGUCAGCUCCAAGAUGUCAAAAUACGGGUGCAGUAUCAGAUAAAACUGUUAUCUUUGUGAAUUUGGACACGCUAACAUCAGAAAAUACGUCUAACAAGCCAGGUGCUGAAUCCCACGAGGCCCAAAUCUUCAUUUGCGAUGAGUGCAAUCAGUCUUUCGGGUCGUAUAGGGGACUUAUUCAACAUCAAACUUCACACGUUGACGAUGCUGGACAGAAGUCGUACAAAGUAAAGUUAAACCUCACCAUAUUCCGGUGUCAAAAAUGUGGAGGUAACUUUUGUGAUUCUCACUCUCUGAGUCAGCAUGUAUGUAACAUUGAGGAACAAGACAGUGUGUUUUCAGGCCUUUAUCAAGAAUCUUAUCUGGAAGAUGGACGAGGAAUAGAACAUUUGACAUAUUUGGAGAGUGGCAGUAUGUGUGAAUGUAGGAUUUGUGAGAAGAGAUUUUCUUCGGUGGAGGUCCUGACAAGGCACAGAGAUGCCUACGGGCACAACCAAUGUCGCAAAUGUUGCACGCUGUUCUCACGCAUGAAGUUUAUGGGGAGGCAUGUUUCCAAUGCUGGAAAGAACUUGAUACGGUGCUGUUCAUGUGCUUGUCUGUUUGAACGAAAAGAAGCUGUGUUAUGUUCUUCGGGGCUGUCUGACCAGGCACUUAAAUUUCAUAACAGGUUGUACGAUGAAGAAUUCGUUGGAAGUAAUGUUGGACAGAAAUGUAACCAGCGCUCUGAAAAUGUUAGUAAUCAUGUUAAGUGUGAGAAGUGCAAUAAUGUGUUUAAAUCAUAUGACUCAUUGAGACGGCAUGAUGAAAAGGCUCAUCCGACUGCCAGGACUUACAAUUGCAAGUAUUGUGCAAAGGAGUUUGAGCGGAAGGACAGCUUGAUCUGUCAUGAAGGGAUCCAUAAGGGAACUAAUAAGGCCAAAUCUCUGCCGAAUGUUGUGACGAAAGACCGUAAGAAUCGAAAGAUGAAUAUUGACGAUGCCGAUUUUUCUCCAUAUCGUGCACAGCGUGGUGGCAAAGUUGACCGUGGUACAUUAAGAGGGCGUGGUAAACCAAGGAACAAAACUGUGACACUCUGCUGCAAUGACAGUGACACUCAUGAAGAUAAAAGUCAACAGAAUUCCGCGAAAGGAGUUUAUCAUGUUAGUAGGCGUACCUGUAUGGCUGUCAAUGAUAAUGGUGAAUACUGUACAGGAAAAUAUAAAAUUGAUUUGGCAGAUAAUGAGAGGAGGUGUCAGAAGUGUGGUGCUAAGCCUAACUAGCAUGGCUUAGCUUAUCAUAUCAUCAUUACCGGCGUCGUAAUCCUAAUUGGAUUUUUGCCGGAGGUAUAGUGUCCACUAUAGGCUACUGUCCACCUAUGUGGGAUCUUUUACUUGCCCUGGCAUAUACACUCGGGUACCAAGAGACCAUGGCUUUUAGUUUCAUCCGACAGACCCUUGAGUAUUUCAUGCGUUGUACAUGUAUGUGUUGUGAAGAGCCAGGAAUUUUAGUUUUUGGGGUCAUCCUGAAAAUAUUGAAAAAGGUCUAGUCUCUUAUUUUGCCUGCUCUUGAAAGACUACUCCUGGCAUCAGUUAACCUGUAUGUAUAGUGAGACGUUGUGCAUCAAUUACGACUCCCACUCCAACUUUAACUUUAAGAGUGAAUUACUGCCAUCUAGUGACAACUUCGAUUUAAAUUUAGUGAUGAACGUUUUUAGCUCACCUCUGGGGAGCUUAUACCCUGCCGUGGCGUCUGUCGGAUGUCGCCGUCCGUCGUUUAGUGGAGCACGUUUCGUCACCGCUAGGGCUAGAUGGCUAAAACUUGGUGUGAUGGUAGCUUUGGGCAAUAUGCCCAGACCAAUUUGUCUUUUUCGCGAUAUGACCUACUUGCUGGCCUCCAGGCGGCCAUCUUGGAAAUUGUUUUUGCCUUUUUGGCUCACCGUAGGGGAGUCUAUACGAUAGCUCUGUGUCCGUUGUCGUCGUCGUCGUCGUCAGUUGUAUCCUGUGGCACGUUUCUUAACCGCUUGUGCUAUGAACCUGAAACUUUGUAAACAUCAUGCUCAAGGUCAUAUGUACCCUGACACUGAAUUUUGCUCUGGUCUGAUUCUUGACUUUGCCACCAGGGAGCUAAAACCGAAAAGUUAAAUGUGCAAUAUCUCAUUUAUUACUGAUUUGUUUUUGACAAAAAAUUUAUGGUGGGUACCCCUAGCAAGGGUACAUCACAUAUCGUACGGGUUUUUGAUUUUACCUACUUUUCAAGGUCACAGAGGUCAAACUCUAAAAUUUCACCGAUAGUGGCACGUUUUGUCUUUAUUCGUCCUAUAGUCUUUAAAUUUGGUAUGUAGACACCUGUUAUAUAGCUCUACAUGUUGACAAAAAAUCAGGUCGAUGUGGCGUACUUUUCAAGGUCACAGAGGGCAAAUGGUGUGAAUGGACCGUUUGUGUGUAAAUAUAGCACGUUUCUUAUCCACUAAAGCUAUGAAAUUUAAACUUGGUACACAUGACCCCCUAGGUCAGAUGACCUGUGACACUGAUUUUCGAUCCGGUCUUAUUCUUAACUUGGCCACCAGGGGGCCAAAACCAAAAAUUUUGAUAGUGCCAUAUCUCGCUUAUUACUGAUUAGUUUUUGGUAAAAAUAUUAUGGUAGAUACUCCUAGCAAGGAUACAUCACAUAUGAUACGGGUUUUUGAUUUGUCAAGGUCACAGAGGUCAAAUGGCGUAAAUUGGCCAUUUGAGCGUAACUGUGGAACGUUUGUUAACCCCUGAGGCUAUGAACUUGAGACUUUGUACAAAGGACCCCCUAGGUCAGCUGACCUCUGACCCUGAAUUUCAGUCCGGUCUGAUUCUUGACUUGGCCACCAGGGGACCAAGGUGAAAACCUAGAAAGUGUGAUAUCUCGCUUAUUAGUGAUUCGUUUUCAAUAACAUUUUUAUGGUAGGUUCUCCUAGCAAGGAUACAUCACAUAUCAUAUGAGUUUUUGAUAUGACCUGCUUUUCAAGGUCACAGAGGUCAAAUGGCGUAAAUUGGUCGUUUGAUUGUUACUAUGGCACGUUUCUUAACCACUAAAGCUAUGAACUUGAAAUUUGGUACACAUGACUCCCUACGUCAUGUGACCUCGGACAUCGAAUUUCGAUCUGAUCUGGUACUCACCAGGAGGCCACCAGGAGGCCAAAACUAAAAUAGGUAAAAAGUGCAAUAUCUCGUUUAUUAGUGACUUGUUUUUGAUGAUAUUCUUAUGGUACUUACUCCAAGCAAUGAUACAUCACAUGUCAUACUGACUUUGGUUUGACCUCUAUACUAUACAUGUACAAUGUUUCUUAACUUGGAUGAAUUCCAAAGCACCAAAUAUCUAUACGGUGAGCACAAUGGCCCCUGGCCGUUUCAUUAAAGCUAAUGGUUGUACGUAGUGACGAGAUUUUUGUGGUGGGUGUAUCUAAUAAGGUUAAAUGAUAUAUCACCCGGGUUUUGAUUUGACCUACUUUUCAAGGUCACGGAGGUCAAGGUUCACUAAAUCACCGAUAGGUGGCACGUUUAGUUUCUAUUUGAGCUAGAAGGUUCUAAACUUGCUAGGACUUGUAUCUAGGGACCCUCUUUUCUACCCCAUACAUUUGUCCGGCUCGACUUCAAAUAUCCAUCUUGAAAAUUAAACAACGUCGGAUUGCAACCAAAUUUCAUGUGAUUGUAUAUCUAUGUACUCUCUACAACAUCCCUGAUUUUCAGUCAAAUACAUUGACGAAUAUGGCUGCAGGGCGGCCAUCUUGAAAAUUAAACAAAGUCCUAUUACUCCGAAACUAAUGACCGAAUUGCAACAAAACUUCAUGUGAUUAUGUGUCUAUGUACUCUUAUCAAUAUCCCUAAUUUUCAGUCAAAUCCCAUGGUCAUAUGGUUGCCAGGCCGUCAUCUUGAAAAUCCAACAAAGUCUUAUUACUCCUAAACUGUUGAACAGAUGUCAGCCAAUUUCCAUGUGACAUGUACACUAUUCAAUAACCCUGAAAUUCAGUCACCUUUAUAACCAAAAUGCUAUACUUAGAUGGUACCGGUAAUUUUCUUUUGUGCCAUUGAGCUGAGAAGAAUAAUAUUAUUCAAUGGAAUCAAAGCUGGUGAAACUAGCCAGAAACUGUUCUCCCCACACCCACUUCAAAUGACAUGCAUUACAUUACCCAAGGUGAGCACAUGGUCCCUGGACCAUUUCAUCGUAUAAAUAAACUACAUGUACAUGUGCAAGGAUUUUAAAAUUCCAGAUCGGACCUGUGCAUAACGAGGAAAUCAUGAAGUUGUAUUCCAAGUCGUAGUGAUUGCCCACGACUUGGAUGACGACUUCAUUAUAUCCGUCUUAUUCGCAGGUCCAAUUUGUAAUUUCAAAAAUAAUUGUGUAGAAACAGGAAAUUUAUCAAUAUGAAAGCGUUUAAUAAUUCAGUUAAAUUGAAGAUUUGUCUAAAUGACUGUCAGCCUCAACUUGGUUGAAGUCGGGAGUGGGAGUCAUAAUGGUGCGCAACCUCUCUAUUACAUGUGACCCAUUGCACCAAAUGGCAGUAAAUCACUUUGAGGGCAUGAGUUGUCAAGAUGUUUAUAAAGCUAAGGUUAUAAGUUUUGAUACCUCUACCAUAUUUGUAUAUUUUGUAGUUGGAGCACAGGCAUUUGAAAUAAAGAGCUCAAUAUAGCCCCCCCCCCAUACGAAACCCCACUGCCACUAACAACACACGUAAAGAAUGGUUGUGCGUGUUGUCAGUGGGGGGUGUUUGUCAGUCGAUUGGGGGACUGUGUGUUUUGGGGGAGGGGGGCUAUUGGGCUCUUAAUUUCAAGUGCCUGUGGUUGUAGGCGGAAGUCCAUGGAUGCUUUUAUGAUCCAGUCUGCUCUAUUGCAACGUUUGUUGUAUUUUACUGAUAUUUCACUGAUCUUGUGUGGAUAACUCACGUUCCACCUAGCUGACAGCAAUUUUCAAAGAAAUGAACCCCAACAAAUCUCAUGCGUCACCUAAUCUUGGAUGUAAUCAUUCAUAUGAGAGAAAGACCACUUUAACAAAGAUCAUGUUGUGAUUAAAAAAAUAAAUAAAAUACUUCUUGGUCUCGAUUGAAUGUGUUGCUGUAGAUGAAAUCAGUUUAGUUCAACAUAAAUGUAUUCAUACAGGAGAAACACCAUUUGUAGAUUAGCAGUGCAUAAAGUGACCAAAGAUGAACUAAGUCUACUUUGACAUGAAUGUAUUCACAUCGGAGAGAGACUAUUGAGACAGGGUGAUGGUGAAAUCAGUUUAGUUCAACAUAAAUGUAUUCAUACAGGAGAAACACCAUUUGUAGAUUAGCAGUGCAUAAAGUGACCAAAGAUGAA